AUGGUGACGCAUUUCAUUAUUAAAGGGAUAUCGGAGUUCCCCGAGCUGCAGCUUCCCAUCUUCCUCCUGGUUCUCCUCAUCUAUCUCACCGCUCUUGGUGGCAACCUGACCAUUCUUCUCCUCGUCUGCCUGGAUCGGCACCUUCACACCCCCAUGUACUUCUUUCUGGGGAACCUUUCCUUCUUGGACAUGUCUUCAACCACAGUGACGUUACAGAAUCCCCUCGUUAAGUUUAUAGCAGGCCAUGUCGGUGUUUCCUUCCAUGCCUGCAUGGCCCAGGUUUACCUGUUUGCAUCCAUAACCACCCAAGAACUCUUGAUUUUGACGGCCAUGGGAUAUGAUCGCUACGUAGCCAUCUGCAACCCCUUGCGUUAUCAUAUGGUCAUGAGUCGUAACACCUGCGCUCUCUUGGCCAUUGCUUGUUGGACACUGGGCUUUCUACAGAUUAUCCCCCCUGUAUUUAUAUUAUCCAGCUUUUCCUGUUAUCGGUCCAAUGAAGUCAACCACUUCUUCUGCGACAUGGUUCCUCUUAUGAGACUAACCUGCAGCGACACCUCCCUUUUGGAGAUCCUAAACCUGACGGAAGGACUCAUCCUUUCAACACUAACUCCUUUCCUUCUCACGUUCGUCUCUUACGUUUUUAUCAUUUCAUCCAUCGCGAAAAUUCCGUCCGGGGUUGGGAGACGCAAAGCCUUCUACACGUGUUCCUCGCACCUCACCGUAGUGAUCCUUCUCUACCUAAUUCUCGUCUGCCAAUAUAUCACGCCGUUGUCCGGGAGGUUCUUGGACACCAACAAGCUCUUCUCUCUGUUUAACACGGCUGCCAUCCCCAUGCUAAACCCCAUCAUUUAUAGCUUAAAAAACAAAGACGUGAAGUCCGCUCUCAGAAGAAGGAUGAAAAAGCUGAGGAUACCCUCGUGAAGGACAGGUGCCGAUAGCGAUAGACAACUCCA